CUGCCCAUUCCAUCCCUCAUAUACAAUCCACCAGCUACCGUCGAGACCGUGUACGAAGCGUCGGCGAGAUUGCUCUUCAUGGCUGUCAAGUGGGCCAAGAAUCUUCCCUCUUUCGCUAGCCUGGCCUUUCGCGAUCAGGUAAUCCUGCUCGAAGAGGCCUGGUCGGAGCUGUUCCUCCUGAACGCGGUGCAAUGGUGCCUGCCCCUCGAGUCUCCCCCGCUGUUCAGCGCCGCCGAACUAUCGGCCCUCACGUUGUCCCCGCACUCGAUCCAUCCGCACUCGGGCCUCCACUUGACGCCCUCGGCCAAGUCGAAUCAGGUCGCCGCGGACGUCAGGUACCUCCACGACAUGCUCAACCGCUACAAAGCCGUCAUGGUCGAUCCGGCCGAGUUCGCCUGCAUGAAGGCCAUCAUUCUCUUUCGCCCAGAAACCCGUGGCUUGAAAGACUCGAGCCAAAUCGAAAAUCUGCAGGACCAGGCGCAGGUGAUGCUGGGCCAGCACACGCGUAGCCAGCAGCCCAGCAAUCCGGCGCGCUUCGGUCGGCUGUUGCUUUUGCUGCCAUUGUUGAGGAACGUGCCGGCCUCGAGGGUCGAGUUGAUUUAUUUUCACCGGACGAUCGGCAAUACGCCCAUGGAAAAGGUGCUCUGCGACAUGUACAAGAAUUAAUUGAUUCGUACCCACGCAUAUA